ACUCCGUACUGUACCUACCUUACAUCAGUUACUUGGCACAGCAAACUUGGUACUUCUGUGAUCCCUAUAGUACUAAGGUAGCACGCAUUCGCACUCAAUUCUCACAGCAGAAAGGUAAGGUUGGCAAUAUUUUAGCUCAAGGUCAGGUACCUACCUACCUACCUAACUUGGAGCAAGCAAAAUCAGCAUAGGAACACCUGCGUCUGCGUCUGCGUCUGCAAUCCUCCAAUUGCCUACUAACUAGGUACUGCCCUGUCUGUGGCGUCUGCUACCUAAAUCUACCAACCACCAAAACCCACAAUGCUACCUGCUACCACCACCACCACCACCACCACCACAACACCCUGUCGCCUGACCUGACUGGGCUCUUUCUAACUGACCUCGAAUUGGACCAGUCAUUGCUUACAACCUAUUCUGCGAAUUGCCUCGUUCGACUUCUACUCUCAACCUCGAUUCUGUAUUCUUUCUUCUACUCCCCCUUCAACCCAAUCUGUAACGCGGUCCGGCUCCUCCGCACAAUCUGCCCUCAACUUUGUCCCCCGCGCCGCGCCUGGUUCGCAUGCCUCAUCUCUGCACAACGCUACAUAUACGCUGUCACCACAGCCUGCUUCUACGGUCUGCCGACGCCGUGUGAGCUUCUACUGUUUCUGUAGUGACCAAUUUCUGCUUAAAUUGGUUGGCUUUGGUGCUGGUUCUGGGUGCAGCCACUCCUCAUGGCCCGCGGGUAGCUGCAUCCUAUUCUUUCCUCGUCGUCAUUCGCAUCCUCACUCACUGUCGCCAAAUCUCUCACCUCCCGUGCCGCCGUUGCUUUUCCUCCGUGUCGCCUUAACGUAGACAGCUCCGCCUCUACCGUUGACCGAACGACUUUCCUGCAUCUAGCGAUCAUCGAUCACCCAAGCUCAUCGAAUCGGAAUUCUACCUCCACCUCUACCGCCUUCUUCGGUGACAACAAUCACAGCCUCGCGGCCCCUGCGACCUACUACUGACUCAAUCUACGUUCCGCCAAGACGCCUCUCUGUGUAUCAUACCUAUACACUUAUUGGCUUUCAUUGAGUACGCCCCUUCCACGAUACGAGCUUCACCGAGCGGUUUCGGUCCCCCAAUUAGCCCAGAGACGUGAUCAUCAUAUACACGGCUGCAUACAGCCUUCUGGCCUCGUUUGCGCCCAACGCCAUAGUCCUACCGCAUCUGGGCAUUGCAGUUCAGAUUGUUCCUAAUCUUACAUACAUCGCCUACGCAGCACGCGGUAGCGAUCAGCGAGGGAGAUCAGGGGAAAGAUUAUCUGCGCGUCGCCACGCCACCGUGGGGGUUGUUGUCACUCUGAACAGCAUUGAUUGUGACUGCAAUUCGACGGCGUACUUGUCCCUGCUUGGCUGUACCACCACGGCUUGGAUAAGUGUGGUUUCGCAAAGCUGUCUAAAAGGAGGACAAGGUGAAAGAGAGAAACAAAAAAGGUUUCUGGGAUCGGAGCCUGCAUAUCCGAGCCGCCUUGUGUGCAGUAACCCGAACACAGUCUCGGGCUGUAAUAAGCUGAGAGGUGGAUAUUCCAGUUGUCGCAAGACCUUGUACUGGUCUCCAGGCCUUGUAUAUAAAACCUAAGACACCAUGCCGCACGAAAUGGAGGAGAAUAGCACUGAGGUCUCAGAUGUUAUGUCUGAGAACGAAGACGAGACGGAAACUUUUCUUAAAGAAGAAGACGAGAAGAUGACCGACCAGAGCACUACCGAGGGCACCACGGAGGUCAAGAAGAAGUACGACCCCAAAGACCCUAUGCGCCCAAGGAGGAAAAAGGCGCGAAGGGCCUGCUUUGCGUGCCAAAGAGCUCAUCUGACUUGUGGUAAGUGUUCUUGCAACGACCGAAUGCUGGCAAUUUGCCCAAUUAUCGUGGCUUGAAUUCGUCUUCUCCAUGUGAAGCUUGACUCUUUAAUCCAUCAGUCGUCGGGGCUUUCGCUGCUAAACUCCCUUGCGCGUUUCCUUUACCCAUUUCAGUGGGAAAAGAGUCAUAGUUGAGAUCGUCGUGCUUGACAGCCAAGAAGGGAUUUUGAACUGACAUCUUUACAGGAGAUGAGAGACCAUGCCAAAGGUGCAUUAAGCGUGGCCUUGCUGAUGCAUGCCAAGAUGGUGUGCGCAAGAAGGCUAAAUACCUCCAUGAUGCUCCUCCAGAAGCCCUGCGGCCUGUCCUUGGCCCAAAUUAUAACCCCAGUCCUAAUCCUACUCCCUCAAGGCCCAACGCUCAGCGCCAAAAUUCGAAUGCUAGUCAGUCAGAUAGUAUGUCUGCAACUGGCAGCAACUUCUUUUCUCAGGCGAGCACUACGACACUGCCGGUCUUUUCGACGGGGGCGCAGACUCCUGUAGGCAUUGAUAGUCUACCUUUCAACCCACAAACGUCUCCGACAUCCUUCCAGGCUCCGAUCAGCAAUGCGCACGCCCAAAUAAACAAUAUUAUACCUACCGGUAAUAUGGACUUCAACGCUUUAUUUGACCCCAGCAACCCUGCUCUAUACAAUUUUGACCUCGAAGGUCUGAAUUUCGGGAGUCAAUACGCCGGCUGGGAGUUUGGCAUCCUUAACAAAAUGGCCCUGGGAGCCGAGACACCUCCACGAGAGAACUCCCUGUCACAAGCUCCAACCACCGAGGCCACUUAUGCAGCUCUCUUCGGAAAUGCAAAUGGCAACGGAAACGGCUUUGAUAAUCCCAUGCUAGGGGCCGACUUUUCGGGUAUGGACCAAAAUAACCAAUCUCUAUAUGCCCAGGGAAACCUCCAGCACGGACUACCCCAUGCUUAUGCUAUUGCAGCCGGGCCUACGAGUCUUGCCAGCCCAAGCACAGAUGCGACAGCCAGCCCCCAUUCUGUUGCGGGCUUGGAGAGCUCACCAGGCCAUAAUUUUGCUGGAAUCCCUACAGUUCCUGGCGCACAACGGCACAGACCGAAGAGUACUAAGCCGAAUCCCAAGUCGUAUCUUGGCAAGCGACAAAGAGACUCUGCCGCUAUCUACGAAAGUGUAAAAGAGCCGUAUCCUUACACAGCCGGUUUCCACAACAUGGUGGCUGUCCUACGAAACCGGCUGCCCGGUAAUAAGCUACUACGAAUCGCUAAAGCCCUCGGGGAGAUCCGACCGUCUUUUAUAUCGUGUACCAAAGAUCUGACCCGUCAGGAUCUCAUUUUCAUGGAGAAGUGUUUUCAAAGAACGUUGGUAGAAUAUGAUGACUUUUUACAGCAUUGCUGCGCUCCGACCAUUGUCUGUCGAAGAUCGGGCGAGGUCGCUGCUGUCAACAAAGAGUUUAUCGCGUUGACAGGAUGGACAAAAGAGGUACUGCUCGGAAAGGAGCCAAACCUCAAUAUUAAUACCUACAGUGGGCGUUCAACCAAUGGGUCGAACACACCAGACAACAAUGCUCAGGGAGACUUGCCAACGCCCCGGCCUCAAAGAGCCACCCUUGACAUGAGCGGCGGGCGGCCUCAGCCUGUUUUCCUGGGUGAAUUGCUGGAUGAUGACAGUGUGGUUGAGUUUUACCAAGAUUUUGCGGAAUUGGCUUUUGAGGACAGUCGCGGCAAGGUACAGAGAAGUUGCCGACUCAACAAGUAUCGAUCCUCUCAGAGCAUGGACAUCAAACCCGACCAUACUGCUCAGAAGGACGUACAGCCGAGCAUCCUCAGUAGCCGAGUCACGCGGAUUGACAGCGAGCACGGUAUAUCGAGGAUUGAGAGGGAUGGCAAGGUUGAGUGCACUUACUGUUGGACGAUCAAACGAGACGUCUUUGACAUUCCCAUGAUGAUUAUAAUGAAUUUCUUACCGAGAUAUUUACCAGACCAAGGACCCCAGCAACUGGCAGUUUAGCUAGUUAUGACUGUGGGCAAAACUGAAAUACGUUCAUUCUCCCUUUUUGUUGGAGGUUAUUUUCUUUGAAAUGAGAUACUAGCCAGGCCUUUAGAGGGGGGGGGCUACCUUGCAAGAGAAGAGAAAGAUCCGGAGUACACGCUUUUGCAUAGAAGAUUAGCUUUGAUGCUGCAUAGUUUAUUGGUAGUGCUAUAAGUCAGGCAGAUGGGGGUUUCGCAUGAUACCCAGGUAGUUGAGCAGAUGUGAAAUGAAACAACCAUGACUUUCUAAAAAAGAUUCCAG